AUGGCGCCCACAAUCUCGGAAUUGGACCUCAUGGUCCAGUCCUUCUACGAAGGUCGCGGCGAACAGCAAAAAGCCGCCCAAACCGCGUUGAACCAGUUCAAGGAAGAUCCCGACGCAUGGCUACUCGUCGACAAGAUUCUUGCCGAGUCAAGGCACCCGCAGACAAAAUAUCUCGGGCUUCAAAUAUUGGAUAGUGUCAUUAUGACGAGAUGGAAGGUUUUGCCCAGAGAGCAGUGUCUAGGCAUUCGCAACUUUGUUGUCAACUUCAUCAUCCAGGCGUCCAGCACGGAAGAAUCACUCCGAGCCCAACGAACUCUCCUGAACAAGUUGAAUCUGGUCCUAGUCUCGAUUCUGAAGCAGGAGUGGCCUCAUAACUGGCCUACGUUCAUUAACGAAAUCAUCUUAGCCUGCCGCUCGAAUCUGUCUAUCUGCGAGAACAACAUGAUCAUCCUCCGUCUACUUUCCGAGGAAGUCUUCGACUACUCGGCCGAACAGAUGACCUCAGCAAAGACUCGAAGUCUCAAAACCACCAUGUGCAACGAAUUCUCCCAGAUCUUUCAGCUAUGUCAGGAGAUUCUUACUUCGGCAACCCAAACGAGUCUAGUUAAGGCUACUCUAGAGACGUUACUUCGCUUUUGUAACUGGAUCCCCUUAGGGUAUAUCUUCGAGACACCGCUCAUCGAGACUUUGCGCACACGGUUUCUCGAGGUUCCCGAAUUCCGUAACGUUACCUUACAAGUGUUCACUGAGAUCGGCGGGCUUGUGACUGGGGGACCGGGACAGGGAAAUGCCUACAGCGAACAGUUAGUGAAGAUGUUCGUUGACGUGCUUACGACCAUUGCCGGUAUCAUCCCCUUGGAUCUUGACCUCAAAAGCACUUAUCCGCAGAGCAAUUCCAAGGACCAGGAAUUUCUCCAGGAGUUGGCAUUAUUUUUGUGCAACUUUUUCGGCCAGCAUGUUGACCUAGUUGAGAAUUUACCUAACCGAGACUUCCUCACACACGGUCACUUCUAUCUCAUCCGAAUCUCUCAAAUUGAGGACCGCGAAAUCUUCAAGAUUUGUCUAGAUUAUUGGCUCAAGUUGGUCCAAGAACUAUACGAGGAGAUGCAAACUGCGCCCUUGCCAGAGAUGAAUCCCCUUAUGAUGGGCGCUGGCUCGACCAAUGGAGCGGUUAACCCAAGCCUGCUGCAAAAUUUCCCCCUCCGCAUGCACAAGUACAAGGAGGUUUUAUCAAACCUUCGCGUUGUUAUGAUCGAGAAGAUGGUACGACCCGAAGAGGUUCUCAUUGUUGAAAACGACGAAGGUGAAAUUGUGCGCGAGUUUGUCAAAGAGAGCGACACGGUGCAAUUAUACAAGACUAUAAGAGAGUGCUUAGUAUACUUGACGCAUCUUGACGUGAUUGACACCGAGACGAUCAUGACCGAAAAGCUACAGAAGCAAGUCGAUGGCACCGAAUGGUCAUGGCAUAACUGCAACGUUUUAUGUUGGGCCAUCGGCUCGAUAUCACUCGCGAUGAACGAGGAGACGGAGAAACGAUUCCUCGUUACUGUGAUCAAGGAUCUUCUGGGGCUUACGGAAAUGAAACGUGGCAAAGACAACAAGGCUGUUGUGGCCAGCAAUAUCAUGUAUAUUGUUGGGCAAUAUCCUCGUUUCUUGAAGGCGCAUUGGAAAUUCCUUAAGACGGUUGUCAAUAAGCUCUUCGAAUUCAUGCACGAGUCACAUGAAGGAGUGCAGGAUAUGGCGUGUGAUACGUUCAUCAAGAUCGCAAGACAAUGUCGACGACACUUCGUGGCUCUGCAGCCUAGUGAGAGUGAGCCCUUUAUUGAAGAGAUCAUUCGUAAUCUGCAGCGCAUUACAUGCGAUCUCACGCCUCAGCAAGUCCAUACGUUCUACGAAGCUUGUGGUUAUAUGGUUGCUGCGCAGGGUAACAAACACCAGCAAGAGAGACUACUUGCCGAACUCAUGAACGCACCCAAUGCAGCCUGGGACGAAAUCAUCAGAGCAGCUACUCAAGAUCCCCAAAUUCUGCAGGAUGCUGAUACGAUCAAGAUUAUCGGAAACAUUAUGAAGACUAACGUAUCGGCUUGCUCUUCUAUCGGACCUUACUUCGGCCCGCAGAUUGGCAGGAUAUAUCUGGACAUGCUGCAAAUGUACCGUGCUACCAGCCAACUGAUUUCCGAGGCUGUUGCCUCCGAUGGCGAACUUGCUCCUCGUAUGCCCAAGGUUCGGGGUUUGAGAACCAUCAAGAAGGAGAUCUUGAAGUUAAUUGAGGGCUACGUCGACAAGGCAGAAGAUCUACAAGCGAUCCGUCAACAAAUGGUACCGCAGCUCCUUGACUCGGUCUUAGUAGACUACAACCGCAACGUUCCGGGCGCCCGCGACGCUGAGGUUUUGAAAGCAAUGUCUACCAUCAUCACAAGACUUACAGGUCUUAUGGAAGAUCAAGUGCCGAUUAUUAUGCAGAAUAUCUUCGAAUGCACUCUUGAGAUGAUCAACAAGGACUUCUCCGAAUUCCCUGAACAUCGAGUGGAAUUCUUUAACCUCCUUCGAGCCAUCAAUCUGCAUUGCUUCCCUGCGCUGCUUAAACUUGACAACCGUCAGUUCAAGUUCGUCAUUGACGCUUGCAUGUGGGCUAGCAAGCACGACAACCGUGACGUUGAGAGUGCUGGUCUCAAUAUGUGUCUCGAGCUCGUUAUCAACAUUGCCGAGAAGACUGAUGUGCAGACCUCUAAUGCAUUCUUCCAGCAGUUCUUCAUCGGUAUCUUGCAGGACGUGUUCUUUGUCCUAACAGACCCGGAUCACAAGGCUGGCUUCAAGACGCAAUCCUUGUUGCUAAUGCGGAUGUUCUACUUUGUACUCCCCGCAGACGGCAGCACGCCAAAGAUUCAAGGCCCAGUCUACACAGACCAGGCUCCAGCUGGCACAAGUAACAAGGAUUUCCUUGCCGAGUUUGUCGGUGGUCUUUUGCGCAACGCAUUCCCUAAUCUUCAGAUUCACCAAAUCGGUGCAUUUAUCGAUUGUCUUUUCACGAUGAACACUUCGUAUGAGAAAUUCCGACUCCAAGUUCGAGAUUUCUUGAUCUCCCUCAAGGAGUUUGCCGGCGACAAUGCUGAUCUCUACAUCGUUGAGAAAGAGCAAGAAGCAGCAGACAAGCUCACUGCCGAGCACGAACGACGAGCAAAGGUCGGAGGCUUGUUAAAGCCUUCCGAGAUCGAAGACGACGAAUUGUGA